AAACUUACCACAAAAUUACGCAAAAUUACAACCCUAAUGAAAAUUCUAGUGUUACCGACAAUCAAGGAUGCAGUCGAUGAUAUUCCAACCUUACAAUUCCCCGGGGGAUUUAAAUUUUUCAAGCUAUUAUUUUUCACGCUUUUGUAA